AUGCUGAGGCUUCCCACGUCCGCGAGGAGGUUGGCCCUCGCGGUCGUCCUGUUCUUGUCGACGAUGGUUCAGCCGGUGGAGCCGGCUACUCGCGGUCACGCGCAUGGCGCGGUCCUCGAGAGCGUCACACCAGACGUCGGCACCGCGUACGCGUUCACGGACGUCGAGCUGUACGGCACCGGUUUCAGUCGGCACUUGCCCACGCUCGGGUGCAGGUUCGGGGAGAACGUCAAGAAGAAGCUCGCCGUCUCGUCGCGGGCGGAUGCCGUCGAGUGCGUCGCCCCCGCGUUGCGGCCCGGGUUCGUCGUCGUCGGCCUCGCGCACGUCACGGGGAAGUCGUACAACCCAGGCCGAGAUGACAUAUCGCGCGAGGCGGGACACAACGUCUUCGAGUACGUCACGCCGUGGCGGAUAUCGAACGUGAACCCGGAAGAGUUCCCCGACGUCGGCGGCGUCGCGUUAUUCGCCACGGGCGCGCACUUCCGACCGGAUUUGCUGUGUAACUUCCGCGGCGGGAACUCGUCGGGCGUGUCCACGACGUUCGUGUCGUCCGCGCUCGUGAUAUGCGAAGCCCAGAGUUCCUCGAGCGCCGGUAAGAGCGCGGCGUUCAUGCUGCAGCACGACUCGCAUCCGACGCCGGACGGGCAGCAGGCGACGCUCCGCCGCCGCGGCGUCCCGACGGUGUCCCGCGGCGGCCCUCGCGUCGUCGCGAUCGGCGGGUCCGUGGCGAUAUCGUCGUCCGCCGUGGACGAGACGACGCCCGCGAUGUUAUCGUGGCAGUCGCGGGUAGGGUGCUCGUUCGGGGGCGUCUGGGUCGCUGCCACCGCGGGGGCGACCGCGUUGGACGUGAAGUGCGUCGUCCCAGCGACGAACGUCGGGGAGUUGUUCGUCACGACGAGCGACCUGAACUCGCGCACGCCGCUGCCGUUCUUCGACGACGGCGUGAAACACGCGGGCGAGCCGAAGCACUUGGGAAGGCGCGCGGUGACGGUCACGGAAUCACCGGUCGUGAGCGAGUUUGUUCCGUCCGCGGGGACGCCGAUCAUCCGCGGGACGUCGAUGAACGUGGACGUGUACGGCGAUCACUUGCACGUCGACACGACGUCCGCGCCGUUGUUGCAUCUGUGUCUGACGCUGUCGAGAACGCUGGACGACGUGCGAUUGAACUGCGUCGUCGCGAUUAACGCGGGAACGAGCGCUCUCGAGGCCGCGAACGCGUUUAGCGUCGGGUUCAACGCGGUCAACGUGAGAGGCGGCGCGAGCGAUCGCGCGAACGUCGAGGUUCAGUAUAUGCUUCAGAGCCCGCCGCAGAUCGUGACGGCGACAACGACAGCGGCGAGCGCGGGCGACGUCAUCACCGCGAUAGGAGAGCACUUCGUGGACGCGAUCACGCCGCUGUGGUGCUUCGCCGGGAACUCCAUGCGCGCAGCGGACGUCGUGUCCUCCGCGCUCGCGCGUUGCGUCGUGCCGUGGGGGCAUCACAUGCCGGAGAGCACGCUGCAUCGCGCCGGCGCGUCGAGCGCGUUGAAAUUCGGCGUCAUAUCGAGCGAGAACUUGCAGAGCACGUCCAACCUCGUGUCGAUCACGUGGUCACCGCGGCCGAUGCACGCCACGGGCGUGGUCCCGAACGUCGGGUUCUCGCACGGCGGCGCGCCGGUGUCCGUGGUGUUGGAGAAAGGCGGCGCGAACGCGGCGCGGCAACGCGCGUCGGUAUCGUGCCGAUUCGGUACGAUACAUCCGGUGUCCGCGUCCGUCGCGAACGCGGAAGCGAUCUCCUGUCUGAGCCCAGCGCUCGCGCCCGGGUCCGUGUCUGUCGGCGCGCCGGUGCCUUCGCUGGAGUACGUCGUCCUCGACGGCGCGGCGACGUUGACGACGGGUUCGAUUUCGACCGCGCCGUCCGACGCCGCGGUCGCGGAGUUUUUCUUGUUCAGCUCGGGAAUAGAUUCUAGAAUGGCGAUUGGGUGCGCGAUGCCGUCGUUGCAAGACGCGCUCGUGCCUGCGCGUCUGAGCGCGGACGGGCGGACGACGUGUCAGUUACCAGCGAUGAUGAAGCCCGGGUUUAAGACGCUGGACGUCGCCGUCGCGUAUUUCGGGUCGCCGAAAAGUUUCGACGGUUUAGUGGAGUUCAAUCCACCGUUAGACGUGUGGUCUUCCGUGCCCGCGCCAAACCUGGACACGCACGCGGCAACGCCGUCCAGGGGCGCGGCGAGGUUACACGACGGCAUGGAGCUGUCGAUAACGCACCCGCCGCCGACGGUGGUCGUGCAGCGGCCGAUGACCGGAGGCGAGACGCGACCGGGUGAUCUCGUAUUCAUCGCCGCCCCGGCGGGCGGGUUAGACGCGCGCGCGUGGUGCGUCCUGAGCGUCGGGACCGACGAAUACAAGGUCGCAGCGACGUUCAUAUCGUCCGCGAUCGCGGUGUGCGAGACGCCGACGAUGGGACACCACGGCGUUCCUUCGUUCGACGCGGUCGUCUCCGUGUGCGCGUCGCACUCGCGGUGCGCGUCUGGAACGAACGCGUCGAGCGUCGUCGUGCUCGGGACUGAGAAGACGGUCACGGAGGUGUCCCCGCGCGAGGGGGGCACGGGCGGGGGGGUGAAGGUGCGGCUGCAUCACCGAGGGUUCUCGAAUCAUCGGGCGUCGUGUAAGAUCGGGUCGAUCGGGCCGAUCGCCGCGGCGAGCGCGUCGAAGGGGGAUACCACGGCUGAGCUGGAGUGCGCGACGCCCGCGCGCGCGCCGGGGGUCGUCGCCGUCGCCGUCGGAAUGGGCGCGGGAUGGGCGGGUGAAUCCGCGUUCACGUUCACGUUCGUCGACGACGGCGUCGAAGAGACGACGACGGCGGCGCCGGCGUUGGUUUCUCGCGCCGCGGCGAACGAAGCGAACGCGUUGUCCAGCGUGUUCGAUUGCCCCGACGUCGCCGUCGGGGAGAUCGCGACCGUGUCGCCGUCCUCGGGCGCUUCCGAGGGCGGCACGGAGAUGAUCGUCACCGCGGACGUGUCCCCGUCUCGGCAAGGGAGCGAGUGCGGGCUUCUGUUCGCCGCGUGCAGAGUCGGCACGAUAUGGCCGGUGCUCGGGUACGCGACGCCGCGCGGGGUCGUGUGCGUCGCCCCCGCUCGCGCGCCGGGCUCGGUCGUCGACGUCUCCGCGCCCAAGAUGGUGACCGGCGCCGGGCGUCCGUUCGCGUUCGUCGACGCGCUCUCGAAGAACGACACCGAGCCGGCGCUGAACUUCUCUAUGUCUGCCACGGAGGUGGCGAAGGCGUCGUCGAGCGCGUUCGAUUGCGUCGACGUUGCGGAGGGUGAAGUCGUCGCCGUGUCGCCGUCGUCGAGCGCGAGCUCGGGCGGGACGGAGAUCACGCUGACCGCGAGCGUCGCGGCGUCGCGACCGAGCGGGAGCUGCGGCAUCCUCUUCGCCGCGUGCCGAUUCGGAACGACGUGGCCGGUGCUGGGGUAUCAGUCUUCUCUAGGCGUCGUGUGCGCGUCUCCCGCGCGCGCGCCGGGUUCCGUGGACGUCUCCGCUCCGAAGUUGGUGACGGGCGGCGGGCGGCCGUUGCUGUACCGCGGCGUCGACGCGACGACGGACGAGAAGACGCUCGCGCCGAAGGCUGACGAGCUCGUGGACGUGCACGUCAAGAUCACGCCGAAGAACUCGGACUCGGGGGCGUUGGUAGACGCGACCACGGCGACGGCGAUGUCGCGGCUCGUCUCGUGCGUGUUCGAAUCGCCGGUUCGAUCCGCGGCGCCGUGGCUCGUGGCCGCGACCGCGCACGUCAUCUCGAGCGUCGUGACCAGGUGCGAGAUACCGACGACGAUGCCCGUGACCGGGGUCACCGUCGUGGAGAAGUCGUCCUUGCGUGCCGUGGACGCGACGGCGAAGCACUUCAGCGCGUACCGCGAAUCUCCCUCGUGCGAAAUCUCCAGGCUGUCCACGACGUUCGGUUCCACGACGGGCGGCUCGGUCACGCGAGUGGACGCGCGCUGUCUCGCGGGCGCGACGCUGACGAGCAUCGACGCGAGAGUGGGAUGCCGUUACGGCACGAUCGGGCCGAUCACCGCGUCCAUGAGCGACGGCGACGACGGGAAGAUUCAGUGCGUCUCCCCGGGUAAAGUCGCGGGCGUCGUCGCGUUCGCGCUGACGACGAACUGGCGCGACGCCUCUUUCGAGCCGGCGAGCGGCGUCCCCGCCGCGACGUUCGCGUACCUCAACGACGAGACGCGGACGUCGGACGCGGAGGACGAGACGCUCGCGCUGCGGCAGUCCCAGUCCCAGAACGCCCUGCCGCUCAUGUCCAACGUCGUGCCGUGGCUCGUGUGGGGCGGGAACCAGCUCGUGCACGUCACCGGAAGAGACAUGCCCGUGGGGUUCGACGCGGUGUGCCUCGUGGGGUCGUCGCUCGUCGCCGCGGUGCCGAUUUCCUCCGCGCUGACGCUGUGCGAUCCGUUUCCGAUGUCGACCCUCGAUCGCGUCUCGAACGCGCACGUCGCGGGGAGCAUGCGAGAGGUCCAGCUCGCGGUGACGUCGCGCGACGCGCAUUCCAUCGCGCGCGCGCAGAACGUGUCGCAGAUGAAACUCCCGCUCAUGAUCAUCUCCGCCGCGGACGUCGUCGGCAUCGACGUGUUCAACGGCUGGGAGCACGGCGGGAGCCACGUGAACGUCGAGCUCGGGGGCUGGGCGCCGACGGGGCUGAUCGACUGCCACUUCGGCACGGUCGCGGUGCACGGUCGAGAGGGCGGCGGCGCGGGAUGGCAAUCGCGCGCCGCGAUGGGGAGAACCGGGGAGUGGUGGUCCGAAGCCACGGUCGCGACGGACGUCGAGUGCGUCACGCCCGCGCACUCCUCGGGGCGCGUGCCGAUCGGAGUUUCGCUCGCGCACUCGACGUCGCCGACGUACGGGAAAGUCGAGUAUCUCUAUCUGUGA